AAAUGAUGCCCACUGAAACCCAAGGUCAUCACACCGCCCAAUACGCCACUAACUCUCAACUUGACAUGCAUGAGAAGACUAUAAAACCGACCCUCAAGACUCCGAGCAACAACGUGUGAAGGGGCAGGCAAAGAGCGCAAAAGAGAGCGAAAAUGGAGGAGGUGAUAGAGGAUGAUUCUGCCGUGCCGUCGGUGCCGCCCGUUUCCGUCCCCCCGAUGCAGACGCAGUACAACUCGCCGUCGCUGGCGCGGAAGCCGCUGCUCAUCGCGCUCGAGCCCGCAGCGGCGGAUAAUGACAACAACAACCAAGGGAACAACCGAAGAGGAGGAGGAGGAGGACACAACAGGAACCGGAGCUUCUUCACACCCUUGGGGAGCCCGGUGAGGAAGGCGAUACAGAUGACGAAGCUCGACCCUCAGGACGCUUGGCUUCCGAUCACGGAGUCGAGGAAUGGGAACGCCUAUUACGCUGCUUUCCACACUCUCUGCUCCGGGAUCGGCAUUCAGGCCCUCGUGCUCCCUGUCUCCUUCACCAUUCUUGGCUGGACAUGGGGGAUCAUAAGCUUGACUAUAGCAUUCAUAUGGCAGCUCUACACGCUGUGGGUGCUGGUGAAGCUUCAUGAGUCCAACGAGACUGGCAUGCGCUACAGCAGAUACCUCCAUCUCUUCAGCGCCGCUUUUGGUGAAAAAAUGGGGAAUAUAUUCGCGGCGUUCCCAAUCAUGUACCUGUCGGGAGGCACGUGCGUCGCGCUCAUCAUUGUCGGCGGCUCAACUUCCAAGCUCUUCUUCAAGAUCCUGUGCGGCGAGGGAUGCACCGCGAAGCCGCUGACGAACGUGGAGUGGUACCUGGUGUUCACUUGCGCCGCCGUCGUGCUGGCCCAGCUCCCGAACUUGAACUCCAUCGCCGGAGUCUCUCUGAUCGGCGCCGUCACCGCCAUCUGCUUCUGCACCAUCAUGUGGCUGGUGUCGGUGACCAAUGGGAGGCUCGACGGAGUGUCGUACGAUCCGAUGAAGGAAGAGCCGAACAUGGCGUGGAUCUUCAGCAUCUUGAAUGCCUACGGGAUCAUUGCUUUUGCCUUCCGCGGCCAUAAUCUCACCCUCGAAAUCCAGGGGACAAUGCCGUCGAAUGAGAAGAAGCCGUCGCACGUGCCGAUGUGGAGGGGAGUGAAGCUGGCGUACCUCAUCGUUGCGCUGUGCCUCUUCCCUCUCGCCAUAGGAGGUUACUGGGCUUACGGCCACAAGAUUCCGCCUAGUGGGGGCAUGUUGGCGGCGAUCUACGAGUUCCACGGGCGCGACACCCCGCAGGCGGUCCUGGCCCUGACGAGCCUGUUCGUCAUCGUGAAUGCCGUCAGCUCCUUCCAGAUCUAUGCGAUGCCGAUGUUCGACGACAUGGAGUCCAAGUACACCGGGCGGAUGAACAGGCCGUGCCCGUGGUGGCUCCGCGCCCUGUUCCGGGUCAUGUUCACGUAUGGGUGCUUCUUCGUGGCGGUGGCGAUCCCGUUCCUGGGCAGCUUCUCGGGCCUGAUCGGGGGCAUCGCGGUGCCCAUAACCUUCGCCUACCCGUGCUUCAUGUGGCUGAAGAUCAAGAAGCCCAAGAAGCAGAGCUUCAUGUGGUACUUGAACUGGGGUCUGGGGGUUUCCGGGAUCGUUUUAUCUGUGAUCUUGAUCGCUGCUGGGGUUUACGUGGUGAUUGACACUGGCAUUCAAGUGAGCUUCUUCAAGCCCACCUAGCUCUCUCUUUCUCCUCUUCACAUCGAUCUCUGUAUAUUGUUGAGCAGGUUCUCCUGCAUGUUAUAGUGAUAUGGAUGCAACUAACUGAUUAUGUGA